UCUCUCUCUCUCUAUCUCUCCAUCACCACCACCACCGUCGCCGCCAUGGAGAUCUCGGAAAAGCUUCUGAAGUUCAAAUUCCACAUACUCAUCGCCACCACUUUGGCUCUAAUCAUCGUCUCUCUUCUCUACAUCGCCCCAAGAUUCCUCAACAUUCUCGCCUAUUUUUGGCCACUUUUGCUCUCCACCGCUCUCUUCCUCCUCGCCGUCGUCGUUUUUGGGCUUACUUCGCCACCGUCGGCUCAGGUUUCCGGCGAGAAAGCAGGGGAAGGGAUCUUGGAUUACGUCGCCGGUCGACCCGAACCCGUACUACAACCCGAACCCGAAUCCGAAGAAGGAAGUAGUAGUCGUAGUAAAUCUGAGCAAAUGUAAUUUGUUUCUGUAGUUUUUGAUGGCAUUCCCAGAUGUUAUAGGCUUAUUAUUAUUAUUAUUAAGAAUAAUAAUAUCAUCAAUAAU